AUGAAUUUGUUGGAUGAUGAAGAUGACCAAAGCUUUCACGCUACGCGUGACGGCUACUCCCAUUUGAGCGAUGUCGAAUGGGAUGCGGUUGAACGAAUGGGUUCGACCAUGGGCAUCCAUGCUGUUAGCGUCAUGCUAGAGGCUCUCAAUAGAGAUGCCCAACAUGUUACUAUCGCCAAGUUCAUUCAAAAUGAACUUGACGCAGAACGCGAGAAAGUAGCCUUGCUUCACCAACAAGGUUCUCAACAAGCGGAGUUGUUGAGAGAACAGGGUGCUCAACAGUUUGAACUGUUGAGACAGCAGCAGGCUGCUGCUGGUGGGUAG